AUGCCCUGCACCUGUACCCGCGACGUCCACCUGAAGUUGGAGACGCAGUCAGUCGGCAUUGCUUACGGCGACGACGUCGAGACCAUUAUACGUCGCUUCGAGUUUGGGAUUGUGUUGACCGUUGACAUCAAUGCAGUUUCGUUUAAAUCCUUACGAGGCUCUCUGCAUGUCACAGUUUGUCCUUCCCAGAUCGCGAAACAUAGACCAUCCAAGCGGGCGCUCGACGAGACGCCGUCGUCAGAACAAAGUUGCAUGCCGAGCCUGGCCAUAAAACCGGAAUAUCGCGUCGGCUGCUGCGGGAGCUUCUGCCAGAGAAAAUUCAGAGCGCAGGCAUGGGAUUCGAGCUUCCCGCGCGCCAUCAUAGACCAGCAACAACACCCACCGAGGAGCUUUGACGUGUGUAUGAUGGCGAGUGUAGGCCUCGACGAUGGGUCCUUUGUAUCGCUCGGGCAGAUCCUGGAGCAGCCCUCCCAGUAUCCACGGUUGACUCUUCGAGAUAAGCUGCAACUGUCAGUCAUAAUCUCGUCGAGCGUUCUUCAACUCCACCAGACACCCUGGCUUCCGGACAUCGUUAGCAGCUGGGACAUUUUCUUCUUCGUCGGGGACACGUACCCUCCUUACAGCAGCGCCUUUGUCGUCAAAGAGUUCCUUGAUUGCGGCCGCCGGGCACGGUGCGGCGACUCGUCCCGGCUCGGUCGCCAAUGCAAUGCCACCCUGCUGUCUCUCGGGAUCCUGCUCAUCGAGCUCAUGCUUGGGAAAACACUGAAUUCGAUGCACGAAGAAGACGAGGCCUUCUCAGCGGAGGCGCCAAGUCUGUUGCAGAAUUUCGUGACGGCAUAA